AUGUUCGGCGUCGUUCUUCUUAGCAUAGGGUUGGCUGUUGCCGUCUCGUAUCUGGUGCUCGAGUUCCCCCGGCUGCACCAAGGUUGGCGAUUGUGGUCGCACCGCUCGCAACUCCCGCCAGGGCCCAAAACACUCAAAACCGGCAUUCGAAAACCAUGGUUAUGGUUCCUCGAACUGAACAAGCAGUAUGGCGACGUGGUCUACCUUCAGAUGGGGCCAACCCCGACCAUCAUCCUAGGCUCGGCGCAGACUGCCUGGGAUCUGCUCGAGAAGCGCGGCGCCAUUUACUCGUCUCGGCCGCGCUUCAUCAUGGGUGGUGAGCUGUUGUCCAACGGCAUGCGUGGGCUGAUGGCCCCCUACUCCAACUUCUGGCGUCGCUGGCGGAAGUUGUUGCACAGCGGAUUCAUGCAGCGCCAGAGCGAGACGUACCGGCCAAUCCAGGCCCUCGAGUCCAAUGUGCUCAUGCACGAGCUCCUGACCAACCCCAAGGGCUACCGGACGCAUCUCGAACGAUACGCCGCGUCGGUUGUUGUAACUGUGACGUAUGGGCGCCGAGUUGAGGAUGUCCGGACGGAUGCUGUUGUGCAGAUGAACGCCGAGGCAAUGGAGCGGCUCACAUCGGUGAACAUCCCUGGCAAGUAUGCCGUCGAGCGUUACCCGGCGCUCAAAUACGUCCCUACCAUGUUUGCUCCGUGGAAGGCCCAGGUGCUGGAGCAGCGGAAGAAGGACAUCCAAAUGUACACGGGCCUCAUGAACGACGUUAAAAAGAGGUUGGCAGCGGGUUCACUGCCGAACUGCUUUGCCAAGCAUCUCCUCGACGAGCAGCACAACCUCGGCAUGACCGAUCUGGAAUCUGCCGGCUCGUUAGCGAGUUUUAUCCUUGCGUGUGUUAAGUUCGGCGAUAGCUUCAUCCCCAAGGCCCAGGCGGAGGUCGACAAAGUGGCAGGUGAUGACAGGUUGCCCACAUUCGACGACUUGGCUUCUCUAGAGUAUGUGCGAGCCAUCGUCUCAGAGACCCUCCGAUGGCGACCCGUCGCCGUCCUCGGUGGCACGCCACAUGCGACCACGGCCGACGACGUGUAUAACGGCAUGUUUAUUCCGAAAGGGAGCACCAUCAUCGCCCCAUUGUGGAGCAUCCAUUUGAACGACGCGGACUUCCCGGACCCGCAUGAAUUCCAACCGGAACGCUUCCUCGAACAGCGCGAGUAUCCUGGUAACCUGGGGCACAGCGCAUUUGGCUGGGGGCGUCGUAUCUGCCCUGGCCUGCACCUCGGAUCCGCUUCCGUGGCCAUUAAUAUCGCCCGGAUAUUGUGGGCAUUUGACGUUAAGCCUGCUCGGAAUGCCAAGGGAGAAGUGGUUGAUGUUGACAUUUUUGCCUUCUCGGACGGGUUCAACUCAAGCCCCCUGCCAUUCGAAUGCUCCAUCACGCCCCGUUCGGAAAGGCACGCACGUGUGGUUGAGAGAGAGUUCCAAGAAGCUCGCGGAGAGCUGCGGCAAUACACAGCAGCGGCAAACUGA